AUGAGAAAAAAAGUUAUUGAUGUCUACGACAAAGAAAAUGCUAACAGUGUUCUUCAUUCUCAACAUGCACUUAUUGAUGUGGACUCGGAUGAGACAUAUGCUUUGAUCAAUGUGUGGUCUUUCUAUGUUGGACAAGGAAAUUGGGACUGCCCAAGAAGUCCAUCUAUGGAAGAGAUCUUGUUUCCUGAGCGAGAGCCAGAUGUUGUGGUUAAGCAUCAGACAACUGAAGAGACUCCUUUGCUCUACAGAAAUGGUUUGCCUCCAGCUGCCUGUGCCUUCCCAUACACGGAGAUACCCGGCUUUUCAGCCUCGCCAUACAAGCCCGUGUCUCCAUCCUUUGCACGUGCCAAUCCAGAGCGUUGGACAUCAGACAUAUACAUCAAGCCAGGCCCUGGCCCUCAGCGACGAGCAUGGGUGGAUGGAAGAAAGCAAAUGGUCAACCCAGACCCACAGCACAAUAGCAUGAGCAUUACAUUCGCAAAUGGAGGGCAGAUGAUGACUUAUGAGCAAUGGGCAGCUAUGUCUCCAUUCGAGGCAGAUCGAGCUGGUGUAUCAGGGCAGGGACCAGUGGGGACGUUGGCUGUAGCCAAUGUUCCUGUACAGGUGCCGAGACAUACAGCACGACAGCGAUCUGAUGAUGCCCUGAUGCGUAGGGUUGAGACUUCGGUUGAUAGCUCUAAGCCACCAGGCCCAGUAUCACAAGAACUUCCGCUGCCCACAGCCCGCCCUCUGAUAGCAGCUCCUCGGUCCUUUAAGACGGGCAAGCCAGAUACGCCAUCGGGAUUUAAAGGUGAUCAGACACUGGAUGCGGCUCUAGCCCGUUUAACUAUGACACCAGCAAAUGCAUCCUCACGAGCCUCGGUAGAAAGCGGAGCAAUAGCACAAAUGCCAGGACCAGUCCACGAGUUCCAGUUACCGCAAGAAGACAUGCCAGCACAAGGCAUUAGCCUCUCGCAAAUGCCAGGUCGCGUUCACGCUUUCCAGCCACCACCGCAAGAAGGCGUGCCAGCACAAAGCUUUGGAAUGCCUCAAAUGCCGGGUCCAGUCCACGCCAUGCAGCCACCAUCGGAACAGGGCGUCCCAGCACAAGACUACGGCCUACAGCCACAACAGCAGCAAGCCCCAUCUCACCCACUCCAGCCUUCACCUUUGAUCCGACCCCAAAGCACGCCUUCAGGCAUCUACGCAUCAGGUACCCCCCGCGUAGCACCGCAAGUUCAAACUUUCGGUGCCUCGCCAGUAGGAACCUAUGUUCACGCCCAGCAGACUCAAGCCGCAUACACACCGGGCACCCCUAAUGUGGCAUCGCGAGUUCAAACUCUCGGUGCCCCACUAGUGAGAAAUCCUAACCAGGUAUGCAACAAUUGCGAUUCAGUUGGCCAUAGAUAUACCAGCAUUGCCCUCAGCCAUGUGGAAAGUGUGGAAGUCAGGAGCACAAGAGUGUCGGAGUUCCUAGCUGUCCAGCCAUCAAAUGCAAAGGUGCCAAGCUACCACAGCACACAGGCGAUCAAUGCCAUGUACUAUGCACUUCAAACAUAUGCACUGGACUAGCACCCCACCCAGCAAUGACUUGCAGUCGCCAAUGCUGCAUGUGCGGCAUAACAGGUCACACUGGAGUAAGCUGUGAAUUGAAUGCUUGCCCUUGCAAGAAGCAGGUACAUUUUAGGCAAGUCCAUGAUGUAUGCAUCAAUAAUGCAUCCACCAAAUACCUAUGCAAACAGCAUUGCCAGAACUGUGGCUGGGGUGGCCACACAGCAGUUGGGUGUCCAUACACGAAAGUCGACUGCCGCCCGCCAAACAGCAGAUUUUGGUACUUGCUCUGUGAGAACGGCCAUGCGCCGUUUCAGCUAGGCGAGCAUGGAUGCCCGACUUGCAGGCAGCUCAAGCGCGGUAGAGAGGAUGAUGACGAUGCCAGCAGGAAGAAGCCAAGAUACCGUGAUGUAUCUAGC